CUGACUUACCGGAAGUUGAAUCCGCGUGUAAGGCUCCACGUGUAAGGCUCCACGUGUCUUAUCCCUGGAAUCCAACACGUUAUAUAUCUCGAUGCGCGACAGGUAGCUCUAUCGAACAUGCCUUGAGGCUCAAAACAAUCCCCGUCCCUGAACUUGUACAAAUGAGUUUUCUCUGUCCUUACACCCAAUGCACGCAUCGAAAGGCCGUUCACUGCUGGCCUCCGUGGAGGCGGAACUCAUCCCACUGCCAUCAUCAUCAACAUCAACAACAGUGCUGAUGGUCUUCUCCGAGCUGUUUGAGCUAUUUCCCUCGGUCAUUUGCUGUGUCGUUAGCACUUCCUACAUCUACCACGCAGAUCAAUCUGGAGUGGAUGCAGAUCAGCUCCAUACACCCCUGUUUCCUUCGUCUCGAGUCGUCGGUUUUCUGCAUCUCGAUUUCAUUACAGAUCCGUCCCCUGGGCUGAUGCUGGGAUCCUGUGUGGUUUUGGGAUGUUGUCUGUCCUCGUUUGCUCAUCGAAGACAAGACGAGGACAGAUAUCAGACGGGCAUAUUCGUCACGCUGGCUAUUUGGGCUGUCCUGUUGGGACGUGGGGUCGGCGCAAGUUACAACAUGAUCACCCUGGGCUUUGUGCCGUGGGCUCUCUGUGCGGCCAUGUUGCUAAGCUUUGGGGGACACUCCGUUGGCAGAUGGCUCGUGGGUAGGCGAAGGAAGGAGGUGGAGAGUGUGACGGAUAACAAAACGUUGACGGGAUGAAUACGUCGGAUUGAACCACUUAAUUUCUUUGGUGGCAAUUUCGGCCCUGCCACGGUGAUGGUCGUGGAAAAAUUGGUUACGUCAAAAGCAAAGACCCAUGGCAGGUGUCGACAUUUACGUUAUAAGAAUUG